UAAAAUGAAUGAUGAUUUGACUGGAAUAACAAAAGAUGAAAAGGAGGAAAAGGAGGAAAAUCAGGAUAUUGAGAAAACAGAUUUGGAUUUGGAAAAUCAAAACAAUUCAGAAUCUACUGGUUCCCUAGAAACUACUGGUUCCCUAGAAUCUACUGGUUCUCUAGAAACUACUGGCUCCCUAGAACCUACUGGUUCCCUAGAAACUACUGGUUCCCUCGAAUCUACUGAAGAUGUACCCUGGGAGUCUAAACUUACAGUUAGAUCAACUUUGAUAAAUCUGUACCGAAGUUUACCGCUGAGAAGGUUUUCAGUCCAGUUCGGUAGUUUAGCAGACAAACCAUUUCCUCAACCCUUAGCAGGUUUGCUGGUUCUUCUUUACUCCAGGGUGUGUGGGUGUAACCUAGGAGAAGCAAACCCAGAUUCUAUCUGGGAAUACAAAUCUCUAGCUCAGUUCUUUGCCAGGGAUCUUAAACCUGGUUCUAGAAAUAUUUCAAGUCGAAGUAGAAUAGUGUCCCCUGCAGAUGGUAGAAUAACAUUUAGGGGAGUGUAUGCUGGUAGACUAGAGCAGAUAAAGGGAGUAUUCUACAGUCUACCGAAGUUUCUGGGUUCCAAAUCUACAAAUCCAAGUUUACAGAAAUAUUUGAAGUUCUGCUUAUAUCAGGUUGUGAUUUACCUCUGUCCGGGGGAUUAUCAUGGGUUUCAUUCUCCAACCAGCUGGAGACUGGAACGAAUAAGCCAUAUAUCCGGUGAGCUGAUGAGUGUGGCUCCAGGAGUACUCCAGCAGGUUCCAGGCCUCCUUCAUCUAAAUGAACGGGUUGUUCUUGAGGGAGAGUGGAGAUAUGGAUAUUUUUGUAUGGUUGCAGUCGGAGCUACUAGUGUAGGUUCUAUAGAAAUUACCAGCUGGCCUGAAUUAAGAACAAAUCUACUAAACGACAAGACUCAGAAAAUUACAAGGCGUCAGCUUAAUACCCCUACUCAGUUGGAACCGGGUCAAAAAAUUGGACAGUUUAGGUUUGGUUCGAGUGUAGUUCUUCUGUUUGAGGCACCCAGAGGGUUAGAAUUUAUCAAACAAGCCGGUGCAACAUUAAAACUUGGAGAACAUUUGCUCUGAAAACUAGGAAAACAUUUGCUCUGAAAACUAGGAGUAUAUUUGCUCUGUAAACGAGGAGAAUAUUUAAUCUGAAAACUGGGAGAAUAUUGCUCUGAAAAUUGGGAUAAUAUUCCUAUGAAAAAUAGGAGACCAUAUGCUCUGAAAACUUGGAGAACAUUGCUCUAAAAACUAGAAGAAUUUAUCCCUGAAAACUUGAAGAACAUUUUCUCUGAAAACUGGGAGAACAUUUGCUCUGAAACCUAGGAGAACAUUUGGUUUGAAAACUGGGAGACCAUUUGCUCUAAAAGCUUGAAGAACAUUUGUUCUCAAAAACUUGAAUAAAAAUUGCUCUGAACAUUGCUUGGGAAAGUUGGGAAACAUAUAAAUACUGAGAACAUAACAACUCUAACAACUGCAGUUCAAAGUGCAUAUAUACAUGCAUGCAGGAAAAAAAAAUAAUUUCAACAACUGAUAUUCUCUUGUUUCAUGAAAAUAAUUGCAAUAAAAAGAUUAAUAUCGGAAGCUACAGUAAGAAUUUUUGAAAAGGUAUAUUGUAGAUAUAUAAAAUAGAAUUUUGA